CCGCCCGGGUCCGCUCCCCCCGGCCCCCGCCGCCCGCCCCGCAGCGCUAAUAUGGUCGCCAGCGAUGGACCCUGUCAGGCCAGGAAGCCCUUACCAGCCCGUAAUUGAAGCAUUAGAAAACUAUCCACAGAAGAAGUUCUACAAUGUCUCAAAGCUCGGAGGCGACAAAUAUGAUACUCUGCCUUAUUCCAUACGAGUGCUGUUUGAAUCCAGUGUACGUAACUGUGAUGGCUUCUUAGUGAAAGAAACAGAUGCUAUGAACAUCUUGGACUGGAAGACAAAACAGAAUAAUGUUGAAGUGCCCUUCUGUCCCGCCAGAGUUGUUCUUCAAGACUUUACUGGAAUUCCAGCAAUGGUGGAUUUUGCUGCCAUGAGGGAAGCUGUGAGAAAUGCUGGAGGAGAUCCUGCGAAAGUCAAUCCUGCCUGCCCAACUGAUCUCACUGUUGACCACUCUCUGCAGAUUGAUUUCAGCAAAUGUGCAAUCCAGAACGCUCCGAACCCUGGAGGUGGCGAUGCGCAGAAGCCAAUGGCGAAGCUGUCCCCGCUGAAGGUGCAGCCGCGGAGGGCGACCUGUAGGGGUCAGGCCGGCUGCAGGGGGCCCUGUGGCUCUGGGGAGGCUGCUCGCAGCCCGGGACAGUUUUCUGCACAGAUCGAGAACACGCCGAUCCUGUGUCCCUUCCAUCUCCAGCCCGUGCCUGAGCCUGAGACAGUAUUGAAAAACCAAGAGAUGGAAUUUGGCAGAAACAGAGAGAGGCUUCAGUUUUUUAAGUGGAGUUCCAAGGUUUUCAAGAGUGUUUCCAUAAUCCCACCUGAGACUGGAAUGGCACACCAAGUUAACUUGGAAUAUUUGUCCAGAGUUGUUUUUGAAGUUAAAGAUUUCUUAUAUCCCGAUAGCGUGGUUGGCACAGAUUCUCAUACAACCAUGGUAAAUGGCUUGGGUAUCUUGAGCUGGGGUGUUGGGGGCAUUGAAACAGAAGCAGUGAUGCUGGGGAUGCCUCUUACUCUCACUUUGCCCGAGGUUGUUGGGUGUGAACUGACAGGCACAGCCAGCCCGCUUGCUACAUCCAUAGAUAUUGUUGUGAGCAUUACAAAGCAUCUUAAGCAAGCUGAUGUUGCUGGAAAAUUUGUGGAGUUUUUUGGGAGUGGAGUUUCCCAGCUCUCUGUAGCAGACCGAACCACAAUAGCAAAUAUGUGUUCUGAAUAUGGUGCUAUUCUGAGCUUUUUCCCUGUUGAUAAUGUGACACUGAAGCACUUAAAGCAUACAGGUUUUGACAAGGCCAAGCUAGAGGUCAUGGAAGCGUAUCUUAAAGCUGUGAAGUUGUUUAGGAGUGAUGAGAGUUCUUCCGGAGAACCUGAGUAUUCCCAGGUAGUGCAAAUAAGUUUAAGUUCUGUAAUUCCAUAUGUCAGUGGCCCCAAGAGGUCCCAAGACAGAGUGGCUGUUAAUAACAUGAAAAAUGACUUUCAAGCCUGCUUAAAUGAAAAGUCUGGUGUUAAAGGCUUCCAGAUUGCAGUUGAGAAACAGAAUGACAUUGUACCUGUUCAGUAUGAAGGAAAUGAAUACAAGCUAUCUCAUGGCUGCAUUGUCAUUGCUGCAGUGAUCAGCUGUACAAACAAUUGUAAUCCAUCUGUCAUGCUUGCUGCAGGACUUCUGGCCAAAAAAGCUGUUGAAGCUGGCCUAGUGGUUAAGCCCUACAUAAGAACAAGUUUAUCACCAGGCAGUGGAAUGGUUACACAUUACCUCAGUUCAAGUGGAGUAUUGCCAUACCUCAGUAAGCUUGGGUUUGAGGUUGUUGGUUAUGGGUGUUCAACAUGUGUAGGAAACACUGCCCCCUUACCAGAAGCCAUCAGGAAUGCAAUCAAGCAGGGGGAUAUAAUUGCCUGCGGAGUGUUGUCUGGAACAAAGAACUUUGAAGGGCGUCUCUGUGACUGUGUCCGUGCCAACUACCUUGCUUCUCCACCGCUAGUAGUUGCUUAUGCUAUUGCAGGCACAGUUAGAAUAGACUUUGAAACUGAGCCUUUGGGCACUGGCUUCAAUGGUGAAAACAUUUACUUACGAGAUAUUUGGCCCACCCGAAAAGAACUUCAUGCUGUGGAGGAAGAGUGUGUGAUAUCAGCCAUGUUUAAGGAGUUGAAAGAGAAAAUGGAGAAAGGAAACAAACGAUGGAACCUGCUGGAAGCACCUGAGUCAACUCUGUUUCCCUGGGAUUUAAAAUCUACUUACAUCAGGUGUCCUUCCUUUUUUGAUAAACUUGCCAAAGAACCAGUUUCACCACAACCGGUUGAAAAUGCCCAUGUCUUGCUCUAUCUGGGAGAUUCGGUAACUACAGAUCACAUAUCCCCUGCUGGAAGCAUUGCACGGAGUAGUGCUGCUGCGAAGUAUCUGACCAACAAAGGACUCACACCUCGUGAAUUCAACUCUUAUGGAGCUCGAAGAGGUAAUGAUGCUGUGAUGACAAGAGGUACCUUUGCAAAUAUUAAGCUUCUGAAUAAGUUCAUAGGAAAGCCAGCUCCCAAAACAGUUCACUUCCCAUCAGGACAAACGCUUGAUGUGUUUGAAGCAGCAGAGCUCUACCAGAAAGAAGGCAUCCCUGUAAUUAUUCUAGCAGGAAAGAAGUAUGGACUGGGUAGCUCAAGAGACUGGGCUGCAAAAGGGCCUUUUUUACUGGGUGUUAAAGCCGUCCUGGCUGAAAGCUAUGAAAAGGUUCAUAAAAGCCAGCUGAUUGGGAUUGGCAUAGCUCCGCUUCAGUUUCUUCCUGGGGAAAAUCCAAGUACUUUGGGUCUCACUGGCAGAGAGCAGUUUUCUAUAUUGUUCCCUUCAGAGCUGUCACCUGGAAUGACUUUGGAUAUUAAGACAAGCACUGGAAAAGUGUUCAGCGUGGUUGCCUUGUUUGAAAACGACAUGGAGAUAACUAUAUACAAGUAUGGUGGAAGUCUAAACUUUGUGGCUCGGAGAUUCUUGUAGUAGACUGACUGACUGAUAUGGGUACCUUGCAUAACUGGUAAUGCUGAAAAUGCCUUGUGUGAACCCAGGAAUCUGUACUGUGGAACUGCAGACAGUUCUAGUGUGCUCAAAGUUACUUCGUCCAUGGAUGUAAAAGAUUGUGAAUCAUUGUUACUGCAACAUGAUCCUUCCUGAUUUUAAAUAAUAUUCUAAUGGUGCUAUUAAACAUUGCUAAAAUCAACAUGUGUGUUGUGGCAGAGAGCUGUAAGUAUGGAGGGGAUGUUUUAUCAGACCAUUUUGUAAAUAAACGAUGCAAAAUCUGAACCUGAUCGUGCUGAAGGUUAUUAUGUCAGGAGACUUUGUGCAGUUGUUUCUGCUCAGUUCUUGCACCUGUAACUCUGUACUGCUGUGUGUUGGUUGUAGGGUAGCAGAUGGUAUGGAAUGGUAAAGGCCACACAUCACUUUAUUGUCGUUAUUUAUUUUUGCAUCCAGAACUUAAAACAGACCCUCAGUUUUGAACUUGCUCUAUAGGUUAUGGGCGUGCAAAAAAGCAGUGCACAAGGCCUGUGGUAUCCUGUAUUGCAGAUCAGGACUUCCUUACCUUUAGUAUGGGAUUAUAUUUCAUCUGAACCCAGAUGUAAAACUGCUCAUGCUAUGAAAUAUUGUGUGCCUAGAAGUAUGGCAAACAUCUCUGCAUUCAGAAACAUGCUCACGGUUACUUUGCUCACACCAGUUAAGUGUAGCACCCUGGCCUUUGGGAAGCUGCAGUGUCCGAUUGAAGCUUGUACCAGUUCCUUAAAGUGAUGCAGUUUGUCCUUUGUGACACCAGUUGUUACUGUGCUGUCUUCAAUAUCAUUAGACAAAGACACCCCUCUCCCCCCCAUAGUAUUUUAGCUUUUAAAGAUGUUUUAAAACAUUAGGACUAUUUAAAUUCUUGUGCUUUAAAUAUGACCCAUGUCUAAUAAGUUAUAGUUGAGGCAGCCAUUCUGCUUCAUCAUCUGCUGUUAGUUUACAGCUCUUCCAGACAAGCAUCAAGUUUCCCUGCUAAAAUUCUAGACCACUGAACAAAGCUGGCUCUUGUGCCAUUGCAGCUUCCAUAAACAUAAUGGUCAGCACGCUGAUGAUAAAAGCCCUGUUCCAUAUUGACUACUGACAGAAGAUGCACAGUGUCCUUGCAAGUGCUUGUUUUACCACUUAUCUAAGUAUUGACAACUUCUAAUCUGCCCAAGUGAGUCUUCCAUGUUUCUGUGUUCCUAUAUCUGGAAAAGCUUCAUGCCACCACUUAGGGUUUACAUAAAGAUUAAUUUCUUUUGAAGGACAAAGCUGCAGUAACUUGAUUAGAAAGUGUCAAGGUUUUGCUUUUAAGAUCUGUUGUUCUUGAUGAGCAUGGUCUUAAAUAUCAGAACUUCCAAGAGGACUGUAUUAGCUUUACUACCUCUGCUUCCAGUUUAUAACCAGACAUAAAGGUAGUAGAUGCACCAUUCAAAUCUUUAAAUAGUGUGUUUCUGACAUUCCUUAAACCUGACCCUGGCAUAACUGUAUGGUCACAAGACAUUGUUUUAUGGCAGUUCAAAUGACAAAUUACUUUGACUUCACUGGCAGAACUGUGAUACGCCUUUUUUACUUUAUUGGACAAAGCUCCCUGAAGUUUGAAGUUCUGUGUAGUUCGUUUCUGUAUUUCACUAGUUUUGCUGUGGUUUUCUUUUAGUCCAGAUAAAGACAUUCCAGUGACUCCUACCAUUGAUACGGAUGAUGAAACAAUGCAUUUUUUAAUACUGUGUUCAAAUGGAUGUUGAGUGAGUUUCUGUUGUGUGGUACACAUGCUAAUUUUAUCCAGAGUUAUUGAGCAGAUACUAUUUCUUGCACAACAAUGGCUAACACUAUUCUUUUCCCCAGCUCAAAGGUAUGAUUCAGUUCAAGAAAAUCUGUGUUUGUUACUGGGGAGCAGAUAGGAAUUUAUUGCUGGCACAAAAUGAUGCUUCAUGCAGAUGAUAAAUAAAACUAUGACAAGCCAUU